AUGGCAAAUCCACAAUCAAAGGCACUCAUCACCUCAUGCAUCCGAAAAAGAAUCGGAAACGGGCUUGACUCAUUUUUUUGGCACGACACUUGGAUUGGUGAAGUCCCCCUCAAAGUCAGGUGCCCCAGAUUAUAUUUGAUCGCAAACUCGAAAAAUGCUACGGUUGCUGAAAAUUGCUUUUGGGACGGACUUGGAUGGAAAUGGACUCUAAUAUGGAGGCGAAAUCUGCGGCCGCAAGACAUGGUGGAGCACCAGGCGCUUCAUCAAUCUCUCUCACAAGUUCAUCUCUCCCCCCAAGAUGAAGAUUCCUUCUCAUGGUCGCCUCAUAAAAAAGGAUGGUUCUCAGUUAAAUCCUUUUGUUUCGAACUGGCUAAAUCAGAUGCUCAUUGCCCUAAUUCGGUGGUUCCGGGAAUUUGGCGGGGAUUAGUCCCCCAUAGAGUGGAGAUCUUCACCUGGCUUGCAUUAUUAAGGAAGCUCAAUACAAAGGACCGUUUAGUCCGAUUGGGCAUUAUUGAUGUUGCACUUUCUCACUGUGUCUUCUGUAAUGCAUCCCAAGAGUCGUGCGAUCAUAUUUUUUUGCAAUGUCCGAUGGCUUGGUCCUUGUGGAGUUGGUGGCUCUCGGUUUGGAAUGUUCACUGGUCCUUUCCUUCAUCCCCUCGAGAAGCUUUUGAUCAAUGGACUCCACCGAAAAAGGGUAGGUUCUUCAAAAAAAUCUGGGCCGCAAGCUUUCUCAUCAUUAUGUGGACAUUAUGGAAGGAAAGAAAUAGCCGAUGCUUCGAGAAUAAUUUUAGUUCACUGGCUCAACUCCAAGACCUGGUCAUUCUUCGCCUAUGUUGGUGGAUCAAGGGAUGGGAUGACCCAUUCCCUUAUGGGCCGAAUGAAGUGCUAAUCUACCCUCAAUGUCUGGACUGGUCUUCGGCAGUUUCCUCAUCUCACAUUCCCAAAGCUCCAGUUUCAUGGUCUCCCCCAGAUCCCUCUUGCUACAAGUGGAACGUGGAUGCGUCCCUAAAGCUAAGCUGCUCAAAAUCGGCCAUUAGAGGUGUAUUGAGAGACUGUCAUGGCAGGUUUCUUUGCCUCUUUUCAAGCCCUAUUCCUUUUAUGGAAAUAAACCACGCAGAAAUGUUUGCAAUCCAACGAGCCAUCAAAUUAUCCUCGUCCAUUGGUUGUCUAUCAGGCGCAAAAAUGAUGGUGGAAUCGGACUCCCUCAAUGCUGUCAGUUGGUGCAAUGGAAAUGCAGAUGGGCCUUGGAACUUAAACUUCGUCAUUAACUUCAUCCGUAAUGCUAUGAGAUGCGACUCUGGGAUUGAAAUCACAUAUAAAAGCCGUGAAUCAAAUGUGGUUGCGGAUCUUCUGGCAAAACAAGGUCUCUCAAGAGCGGAUGAGUUUGUAGCAUGGCUGUAA